AUGACAAAAAUGAUUUUUCAUGAGUAUAUUACAUACUUUCUCAUUUGUGAGGUUUUCAUUAUUGCAAAUGAAACAGAUAUAAAAAUUGAAGAAAUAGGAACUUCUGAAUUAUCGAUAUGUGAAAAUUCUACAUCUGAUUGUUACUCAGAACAGACCACCGAUCAAGUUUCUAUAUUCUAUUCAGACAGUCCAAAUGAAUUAACAACAGUGCCUGCUUUAAUAACUGAACCUACUAUUAAUAUAACAACUAGUACUACAUCAUCUAUACCCAUUGAUGCUAAUAAAGGAGAGGAGCAUAGUUCGACCGAAAAGCCUUGUUCUUGUGAUAUCACAGUAGGAAUUUGUAACAUUAAUUGUUGCUGUGAUAUGGACUGUAGUAAAUGGGAGAGAGAUGCUUUUUCAGAAUGUAUCAUGACAAAGACAAUCCCCACUGUUGGUCAUUGUAUUUCUACGAGCAUAAUCUAUAAAAACAACACACCUUACACAAUACUCAAAUCAGAAGAUGGAUUCUUUUGUAUAUCAAAAGACAAUUUUCCCGAAAGAAACUGGUAUUUAGAUCAAGGAAUAAUCAAAUCUGAAAGUGUAUUUGAAAAAGUUUGGCAAAGAAACAGGCAUUACUAUUGGAGAAUUCUUCAUCCUCCACUUUUUAUCAAGUUGAGUAAAAGGGAUGUCUACAAAUACGGUGAUCCGCUUUGGGUCUUUGUAAAUUCUACUAAUGCAGUUCAACAAUUGGCCUACCCUGCUCCAUUGGCAUCCUCUGUAUGUGGCCAGAAUAAACUUAUUCUAUAUUUACAAAAUUUUGAGAGCCUAUGUUUGGAAAGUACUCCCAUGUACGAGGAAGAGUGUGUUAAUUAUGGUCUUUAUCAGUCAGGAAAAUAUUAUCCCGGUCAAGUUCUAAUUUCUUCCCCAUCAUUAGUAAAUAACACAUAUGAGAUCCCAGAUGAAGCUCUCAUUACUAUAAAAUAUGUGUUGUGUGAUGAAGGUGGGUGCAAUGAAGUUGAUUCAUUCCCUGUUCCAGAAUUUGAUUCAUCGACUUAUGUUUGUAAGAAUUUGAUAACUAGUGUGGAUUUAGAAAUCAAACAUAAUGGGAGCCGAGGUAUAACUCAUGCACGGUGUCGUGUUGGUUUGAGUUCUACGGAUCCUCACAGACCACUAUUUCAAAGGAAAUUUAAAGUAGAAUUUUUCCCUGCUCGUCAGUCUAAUACAUCUGUAAUUUUUAAGAGAUCUGGCACUCCAGGUUACAGGAUUGGGCUUCCUGUUAUCACUGGAUCGUUACAGGAAGGAAAAGUUGUUAAGAAAAAUUAUUUAACUGUAAUCAGUGGUCCGAAUUGUUCACAAUCAACUGAUAUACUGUUUGGAGAAAAUAGUAGAACUCAGUGCAUUCUGCAAAUACCAUCGGAGUCAGCUAGAAAUUGCACACGCCUUUCAGAUGAGAUCGCUAAGCUUCUGCUCAUGCAAGGGAAUGGAGAUAUGAUCGGUGCUAGCGGAGAUCCAGACACAUGGCUAAAGCGGCCAGUACCUGUUCCUAUAAAUCUUUGGCAUACGGCUGCCAAUGAACCAUGCUCAGUUUCUACUUCAUUGUUGACAGACUUCCUCUAUUCCUACAGUGGCCCUUUAUGGCAACCAGAAGCAAAUAUUAUUGGUGUAUCAUCACGUCUUGGGGGUCAGCGCUUCAUAGACUGUUCAACAUCUUUGUUUUUCUGCAAUAUCCGUUUGUUGAGUAUUGUAUCAUUUACUGAUGUUAGUCAACCAGCACUUAGUAAGUUUGCUACCCCUCCAGUUGUGAAGAUUAAAUUACCUCAGGACUUUUUUUACCCUUUUUCUUCUUCGUCUUGUUUACCAUUGUUUAAUCGAAUACCCUUAAUGGUAUUUAUUAGCCUAGUGUUAGCAGUAAUUGCUGUUAAUUAA